GGCCGCAGUGAAGAAGGGAGGGGGCGGGGCUUCAGUGGCACAACAGCGCCACUUUUGAGCGGUUCUGCACAUCAACAACAAUAACAGACAGCAUUUGACAGACAGUGGUCGAGGAUAACCAAGACACCAGUACCACGACGAUAGAUUCAUGUGGAAGGUCAAAGAUGGUUCAAGACAGCGCUCACAUUCGACAGCGGGGUGCCCAGGACUUUAUGGCAUACUAUGAUUUUGCCUGUGCCAGACAGGAAUCAGUCCCUCUCCCCGCUGUUAAGAUGAACCUUGACAAAGGAAUGCUGGACUUUAAUGGAGACAGAGUCAAACUCACAGACUGGCCACCCAUUCUCAGCUCUAUUUGCAUCAACAAACACUUGCACCACGUUGCUAUCAGUAGCACAUACCAAGCUAGUCUUGGUUCUGGAGACACAGAUAGAAGGUACUAUAAGUCUAGCUUCAGGAAGAAGAUCCCAGCCAUUCGCUCCAAGGACAUGACAUUUAAGUUGUGCAAGGCCCUCAGAGAGUGUCUGACUGUCUCUCCUAACCUUAAGACCCUGCAACUUAAAGGGCUUCCACUGAGAGAGAGGGACCUGAUCACCUUGACAAAGGGUUUGGCAAAAAGUGUUUGCCUGGAAAACCUGUCUCUGGCUAGCUGUCCAAUUGCUGAUGUGGGCUUAGAGGUCAUUUGCCAAAGUGUUAAGUAUUCCAAAAGCAUCAGGACGGUGGAUUUUACAGGGUGCAGUCUCACCUGGAGAGGGGCAGAGCACAUGGCCAACAUCAUCAAGCAUCAGGGAAUGCAGAGGCAUGGUACGGCAUGGGCAGAGUCUCUGCGGUAUCGACAGCCACAGUUUGAGGUAAUGGGAGGUCUCCGCCGGGUCACCCUUAAUUGUAACACUUUGAUUGGAGACCGAGGUGCUGCUGCUCUUGCUAAUGAACUGGCGGAGGACCUCUGGGUUAAAGCUGUGGACCUGCAGAGGUGUGGUCUGUCCAGUGAAGGAGCUCGUCGCUUGUUGGAGUCUUUGAAAACUAAUUCUACUCUUUGUGUACUUGACAUUCGCAGUAACCCUUUAGUUGACAAGGUCCUGAUUAAAACCAUAAUAGAGAAAGUGCUGAUGAAUGCUAAUGGAGAGUCACCAGAGUACUGCUGGAUCAAUCCUGCUGCCACAGAGACACAAAGAGCUUCUGGUCCAAAGAGGCGAGCACUGCCCAGUUGCUCUAGAGGAAAAACUACAUUCAGGAUAGCUCCUCGUAAAGUAUCAUCUCCUGGAGGGCAGAGUUCAGGGGUUGCUCAGGCACAGAUUCCCUAUUCCCGUUCCCGUUGUGUGCCUUGGCGUGCUGCUGCACGAGCUGGACGCCAGAGGGGUAUGCCUCCUGGAGUCACUGUAUUUGAUCAGACCUUUCAGGGUGCAGCCACUGUGAAGGUAACUGUUGAGUCGGACACAGAGGGAGAGGAGGAUGAGGAAGAGGAAGAAGUCGUGGUGGAAGUUGAGCAGAGGCCACCUACUCUUCAGCUCCAGGACAGGGUCACUGGACGGCAGUUUGAAAAUCUGCAGAUGGAGCUAAAAGAGUGUCGUCUGAGGCUGGCAGAGGAGCGCAGAGCCAGACUUAAAGCUGAGUCAAGACUCAUGGAGUACGAGUUGGAGAAUGCCCGUCUUCGUGACACCAACCUCUCCCUGUCAGAGGCACUUGCAAGUGUUGGCUCUGCAUCAGCACCACCUGCUAUCAGUGCAUUUGAAGAUGAUGCAGUCCUUGAGAGCAUUGAGAGCUCAUUCACCAAGUUCCAUGCUUUCCUGGAUCUUCUCAAGGAUGCUGGCCUCGGUCAGCUAGCUUCAAUGGCUGGAAUUGACAAGUCAGAUUUCCAGCCUCUGGGAAGACCUCAGCUCUCCUCUACAGUAGGACCACAUGUGGGUGGUGAAGCAUCGCUAACUAGGGUGGAGUAUCGGGAUGUUGGGACAAAAACCGAUGCUUCCUCAUUGGUAGGCAGCAUCGUGCCUGCUCCACCUGGUAGACUGGCUGACACCAACACUCCCAGAUCUCCAUCCUCCAGCAGGGCGCCCUCACAAGAAGGCAAGCUGUUAGAUGUGACCUUCACUAAGUCCUCUGCACCUGCAGCAGACCCUGGUGCGGGUGGGGAAAGGGAACCAGAUAGAUAUUCGAGGCCCACCACCCAGCAUGACUCGGGUUCUGAGCACAGCUACCGUAGCCAAAAAUCCUUUGAUAAGGUUUACUUCAGUAGAACUUUUCAGUCUCAACCAAGCCACACCAACAGCAACUCUCACAGGAGCAACGGGGCUUAUGGUGGAUUGUCUGGAAGAUCGAGCGAUAGUGACAUUAUAAGCGACAAGGCAGAGUCUGUGGGAUCAGCGGGGUCAAAGAACGGGGGGAAAAGAAGGCUGGUGACAGAAGGUCGAUCAGGGUCAGAGGGGUCCGACUAUCCUGGGAGGGAGAUCAGGUCCCUGAGUGGUCUGGGAGGGCGCUCAGAUGAUGAAUCUUUCUGACCAGCUAACCAGAGAAAUAUGAGAAGCUCAGCCUCUGUGUGUGUUCACAUUGCCUUCUCCUUAAAGUGCUGUCCGGAUGUAACACCAGAAUUCUUACAUCUUCAGUCAUAGUUGUUUCAUUUUAGGGAGAGAGCAUUCAAAGUUGAAUACAAGCCAACGCAGUACUCAAGUUGAAGUUCCUAUGAAAUUAAAAAUUCAGUUACUGAUCGAGACGAAUGUGUCAAAAAAUGUUAUGC